UAGACGCAGACCAGGUCUAGGCAUCGGGAUUUGGGUUCUGUCUGAGCAUGUGUCGCCACUGCCUUUGAGAAGAGCUUUGGAUUCUUUCUGGAACCUGCUGCCAGCAUACUUCAUACCCUGCCUGAUGGCUGCGACCUUUCAGCCCUUCGUCCUUUGUGGGUUUGGGUUUUUUUGCCGCCUUCUUGCUCUGCCACAAGUGAAAUGUGUGUUUCUGUUUCUUGUUUUCCUUGUUACUUUUAGAUGCUUUCCAGGAAGAAAGGGGAAACCCCUUGCUGAUGCCAGCGUCUUUGAACCAGUGUCUUCUCCUUCUGCUUUCUCUCUGCCUGGGAUUCCUGGAGAUUUCUGGUUUGAGAAGAAGCUGCCCGAGCUGACGCCGGUGAGGCGGCCGAGAUGGCAGAGCCCUACGUGAAGAAGCUGUGCACCAUCCUGCUGGAGGCCAUCACCGACAAGGACCCUCUGGUGCAGGAGCAGGUCUGUGGCGCCCUGUGCGCCCUCGGAGAGGCGCAGCCAGCGGAGGUGCUCCGAGCCUGUGAGGAGUACCUGUGGCGGCACGAGAAGUUGGCACAUCCUUACCGGACGAUGAUCCUGAGGGCCAUGGAGACGGUCGUGAGCAGUCACAUCAGUGACCUGGACAAGGACAUGGCCAGGGCUGUCAUCUUCCUGGCCUCCAGCGAGAUGACCAGGGUGAAGGACUUGGUGUGUGACUGGCAGCAGGCUGCCAGCAACGUCCUGGUGGCUGUUGGGAAGCAGUUCAUCGGCCUGGUGAUGGAGGAGGUGCUGAGCAAGUUCCAGCCUGGGGCCCUGCCGCACUACUUCGUCGUGCAGACCCUCGCUAACCUGGCGGCUUCCAACGUGUUCGGCAUGGUGCCCUUCCUGACGUCCAUCCUGAGCACCAUGCUCCCCAUGCUGGGCAUGGCCAAGCACGAUACGACGAGGGUGGCGUUUUGCUGUGCUCUGCAGCACUUCAGCGAGAGCACCCUGGAGUACCUGGCCAACCUGGACCAAGCCCCAGACCCCACGGUCAGGAAGGACACCUUUGCCACUGACAUCUUCAGUGCCUACGACAUCCUCUUUAACCACUGGCUACAGAGCCGUGAGGCCAAGCUCCGGCUCGCCGUGGUGGAGGCUCUGGGGCCCAUGAGCCACCUGCUGCCCAGUGAGAAGCUGGAGGAGCAGCUCCCCAAGCUGCUGCCGGGGGUCCUGGCCCUCUACAGGAAGCACGCCGAGACCUUCCACGUGUCGAAGAGCCUGGGCCAGAUCCUUGAGGCUGCGGUGAACGUGGGCAGCCGCACGCUGGAGGCCCAGCUGGACGCGCUCCUGGCUGCUCUACAUGCUCAGAUCUGUGUGCCCGUGGAGUCGUCCAGCCCUCUGGUGGUGAGCAACCGAAAGGAGGUGUUACGCUGCUUCACUGUGCUGGCGUGCUGUUCGCCUGACCGCCUGCUGGCCUUCCUGCUGCCCAAGCUCGAUGCCAACAACGAGAGGACCCGCGUGGGCACCCUGCAGGUCGUGAGGCACGUCAUCAACUCAGCUGCUUCUCAGAUGGAAGUGAAGAAGCCCUUUAUUCUGUCCUCCAUGAGGCUUCCUCUUCUGGACACCAACAGCAAGGUGAAGCGGGCAGUGGUGCAGGUGAUCAGUGCCAUGGCACACCACGGCUACCUGGAACAGCCUGGAGGAGAGGCCAUGGUCGCGUACAUCGUGCAGCAGUGUGCGCUGCCCCCCGAGGCCGAGGUAAGGGCAGGCCCCUCACCCACCCUCCCUGGGGCUCCCGAGCUGGCGGCCUCCCGGGAGCAGGCCUGGCCAGAGGGCAGGCGGGUGCGUACUUUGUUCUUGAGGGAGAGCAAGGUUGACGGCAGGAACACGCAGGUCCUCUGGCCGCACCUGCUCGAGUUUCUCACCCCCGUGCAAUUCACCGGGGCGCUGACCCCGCUCUGCAGGAGCCUCGUGCACCUGGCCCAGAAGAGGGAGGAGGUGGGGGCCGAUGCCUUCCUCAUCCAGUACGACAGCAACGUGACCCUCCCUUCACCCUACGCCAUCACCACGAGACUCCUGACCGUGUCUUCCAACCCCUACCUGGGGGACGGCCGCGGGGCCGCCUCGCUGCGUCUCUUGAGCGUCCUGCAUCGUAACAUCCACCCUCUGCUGGGUCAGCGGUGGGCCACCACCGUCCCCCUGCUGCUGGAACACCUGGAUGAACAUACUGAAGAGACCCUGUCCCAGAAGGAGUGGGAGGAAAGGCUGCUGGCGUUCCUUCGGGACACUCUGGCGGUCGUGUCUGACAACACGUGGAUUUGCCAGCUGAGCCUAGAGAUGUGCAGACAGCUGCCCUGCUACAACGGGACGCCCCAGGAGAAGAACUUCCUGUAUAAAUGCGUCGGAACCACGCUGGGUGCCGCUUCGAGCAAGGAGGUGGUGAGGAAGCAUCUGCAAGAGCUUCUGGAGACGGCCAGACACCAGGAGGAGGCCGAGCGCGAGGGCCUCGCCUGUUGCUUCGGGAUCUGUGCCGCCUCUCACCUGGAUGGUGUCCUGGCCCAGCUGGAGGACUUCAUGAGGUCAGACGUGUUCAGAAGAUCCACCGGCAUUUUCAACAUUUUUAAGGACCGAAGUGAGAAUGAGGUGGAAAAGGUGAAGUCAACUCUGAUCCUGUGCUACGGCCACGUGGCAGCACGGGCCCCCCGCGAGCUGGUGCUGGCCAAGGUCGAGUCGGACAUCCUCCGGAACAUAUUCCAGUACUUCAGCACCAAGGUUCUGGGAAUAAAGGUAGAGACCAAGGACCCGGCUCUGAAGCUGUGUCUCAUCCGGAGUGUGUGCAUGGCCAGCCAGGCCAUCUGCAGCAGUGCCCAGGCUGGCUCUUUCCACUUCUCGAGGAAAGCAGAGCUGGUGGCACAGAUGAUGGAGUUCAUCAAGGCAGAGCCCCCAGACUCCCUGAGAACGCCCAUUCGGAAGAAGGCCAUGCUUGCCUGCACUUACCUGGUCUCCCUGGAGCCAGCGCUGGAAGAGCGAGUGCAGGCGGACUUGAUCCGCGGCUGUCUACACAGCGUCAUGGCUGUGCUGCCUGAGCCCGAGGAGGAGGAGGACCGCCAGGAGUCACUGUACCUGGACACCAUGCACGCCCUUGAGGAUUUGCUGACAAGCCUCCUUCGGCGGAACAUGACCCCGCAGGGCCUGCAGAUCAUGGUGGAGCACCUGAGCCCGUGGAUCAGGUCCCCGCGGGGCCACGAGAGGGUGCGGGCGCUGGGCCUAAGCGCCUGCCUGCUGCAGCACUUCCUGGAGCACCUGCACGUCAGCGCCCUGGUGCCCUUCCACAACCUGGGCCUCCUCAUUGGCCUCUUCUCCCCACGGUGUGCGGACUUGUGGCCUGCCACCCGCCAGGAGGCUGUGAGCUGCGUCCACGCCCUGCUGUACCUCCAGCUGGGCUAUGAGGGCUUCUCCCGUGACUACCGGGAUGAUGUGGCCGAGCAGCUCCUCGCCCUCAAAGAAGGCCUCGUGCACCCCGACCCCGCCGUCCUCUUCCACACCUGCCACAGCAUAGCCCAGAUUAUUGCCAAGCGCCUCCCGCCAGAGCAACUCAUCAGCCUCCUGCUGACCUUGUUUGAGAGUCUGGGAGACCCGGACAAGAACUGUUCGAGGGCGGCUACCAUCAUGGUCAACUGCCUGCUGAGGGAGCGAGGGAGCAUGCUCCAGGAGAAGGUGCCAGAGAUUGUGAGUGUUCUGCGCUCGAAGCUGCGGGAGACCCGAGAGGAGCACGUCCUGCAGGCCGCACAGCACAGCGUGUACCUCCUGGCGUCCCAGCACUGUGCGGCCGUGGUGUCCAGCCUCCUGGGCGGCCCCCUGCCCUUUGACAGCCACACCUGCACCCUGUGGCGGGCGCUGGCCCUGGAGCCCAGCCUCACCACACAGGUCCUGGGGCUGCUCCUGGAGAAGAUGAGCAGGGACGUCCCGUUCAAGGAGACCCGGGCCUUCCUGCUAAGCAGCUCUCCUGGCCGCGAGGCCACGCUGCUGCCCCUUGCGGCCACGUGUGCCCUGCACGAGGUCCUGAGCGCCCUGGAGUCUGGGCCCGCGGUGCUCGAGCUGUACCCACAGCUGUUUGCCGCGCUCCUGCUGCGGGUCGGCUGCACCCUGGGCGUCCUGCUGCCCCGGAGCCUGCAGGCCAAGGAGAGGAGGAGCGUGGGCUCAGCUGUGGCCCCCAGGAGCCUCGAGCCCUGCAGCUGCGCAGUGGAUGCUCUGCAGGCUAUGCUGCUCCGGGGGGGUAAUGAGGACGUGGUGCGGCGUGUGGAGCUGGAGGGGGGCUGGCAGCUGCUCAGGACCUCGGCAGGACACGAGGAGGGGGUCACCCGGCUGGCCAGCGCCAUGGCCAAGUGUGCAGGCCCCCGGCUGCCCCUGGUGAUGAAGGCGCUCGUGUGCACACAGAGCAGUGUGUAUGAGAUCCAGAGGGUCACCUCCACAGCGUUCCUGGCCGAGCUGCUCAACAGCAACGUGGUGAACGACCUGAUGCUUCUGGAGUCGCUGCUGGACAACCUGGCGGCGCGGCAGAAGGACACGAGUGCCAGCGUGCGGCGGCUGGUGCUGCGAGGCCUGGCCAACAUCGCCUCCAGCUCCCCGGAGAAGGUGCAGGCCCACGGCCCCCAGCUCCUGACAGCCAUGAUCGGCGGGCUGGACGACAGGGACGACCCUCACAGCCUGGUGGCCCUGGAGGCCAUGGUGGGCCUGGCAAGGCUCCUGGAGCUGGUGAAGCGCCAGGACCUGCGCUCCGUGCUGCUGCACGUUGCCAUCCGGAUCCGGCCCUUCUUCGACAGCGAGAAGACGGAGCUCCGUUCUGCGUCCAUCCGCCUCUUCGGGCACCUCAACCAGGCGUGCCACGGGGGCUGUGAAGACGUCUUCCUGGAGCAGGUUGUUGCUGGGCUGGUGCCCCUGCUGCUGCACCUGCAGGAUCCCCAAGCCCCUGUGACCAACGCCUGCAGGUUCGCCCUGCGCCUGUGCGGCCCCAACCUGCAGCAUGAAGAGCUGGCGGCCGUCUUCCAGAAGCACCUACAGGAGGGCCGGGGCCUGCACUUCGGGGAGUUCCUCAACGCCACCUGCAAGCUCCUGAUGUACCACUUCCCGGAACUGCUGGGCCGCCUGGCGGCCACCAGCCUCUUCUACUUCAAGAGCAGCUGGGAGGACGUCCGUGCUGCCGCCCCCAUGCUCAUGGGGUUCCUGGUGCUGCACGCGGAGCCCGAGCACCAGCCACAGGUGGACCUGGAGCAGAUCACCGCAGCGCUGCAGCUCCUGCUCAAGGACCCAGCCCCCCUGGUGCGCGCGAAGGCUGCCGAGACCCUGGGCCGCCUGGUCAAGUUCGCCUGAGGCUCCCGCGGCAGUGCCAGCCCGGGUCUGCGCCUGAACCCCCACGAUGGGGCCCUGAGGAGCUCCCUGCUACCAAGGGUCAAAGCCCUGCCAUUCCAGACAAGGCCCCUGGAGGCCGGGAGGGCAGGCAAGCUGCUGUAACCCCUGGUUUCCAAUAAAGCCAUCCGCUCCUCGGCAGCUGGCG